GGAACACAGCGAGAAGGGUUGCCAUGCCAUUUUGGCGUAUCUUUGAAAUUCUCUCUCCUCGAUCAGUCUAACCCUAAUAACCCUAUUUAAAUACCCCCAAACUCCCACCCACUUAUUUCUCCCAUGCAAUUGUCUUCUUCACACUACUCCCCACUACUUAGUUUUUUUUUUUUUCUUACUUAAUUAUAAUACUUCACUAUAUAUAAUCUUCUUCAAACUCUUCUCUUCAUCUUCAUCUCCUUAUUAUUUUUCCUCCACCACCUCUUAUCUCUUCUCCCCUCCCAUACCUUGUCUCCUAGGCAUUGUCCCUCCAAAAUUAAUUUCUUUUCGACUCGUGUUUAUUUAAUUUCCUCGACUUAUAUAAUAGAGAUAUAUAUAUGUACACACUUUGUAUUCAGUAUUCGCCUCGCUCUCUAAAGUAACACACCACAUUAUAUUUCUGACAUAUCAUGAUAGUUCAAGCUUGGAAGCCAAGUGAUCAUCAUAUUAUAGUGAGUGAAUAUAUUCUAUAAAUAGAAAUUUAUAUUUUUAUUUAUAACAUUAUGUCUAGCAGAAGGUCACGGUCUAGGCAAACUGGAGGUUCCAGAAUAACUGAUGAUCAAAUUCAAGAUCUUGUCUCUAAGUUGCAGCAACUUCUCCCUGAGCUCCAUAACACUCGACGCCCCGAUAAGGUAUCGGCAUCAAGAGUAUUGCAAGAGACUUGCAAUUACAUCAAAACAUUGCAUAGAGAAGUAGAUGGAUUGAGUGAGAGAUUGUCUCAACUGUUAGAAACAACAGAUACCACUCAAGCAGCACUAAUUAGAAGUUUAUUAAUGCAAUAGUUAAAUUAAGUUUAUGACUUAGUGAUUUGUGUGUAUUUCUCUCUAUUUUUUUUUUUUUGUUUAAUUUUGGGGUAGUCAAGUCAAGCACUUUAAUUUAAUUUGAAAUAAUUACAAUAAUAAUAGUAAUAAAAUUUGUUUUUAUUGAGUUUAAUUUUUGCCCCCCUAGGGUUGUGUCACUAGCUAGAUGCUAAUGGAUUAAGCUGUAGUAUGGCAGUUGAUUAGAUUUUUUCUUUUUCUUUUCUGAAGCAUACUAAGCUACAAUAAAAUGGAGCUUCAUUGUGUGUAAUACGAAAUAUAAUUGUUGUUUUUUUUUAUUGUUCGCAUUAUCUUAUUGUACUCGAUGAGUAGUUGCUAAUUUUAGUAUAACAAAAUUUAAUUUACUUGGUUACAAAAGUUAA